GUCGUGCGGCAGAAACCAACCUUCCAAAGAGAGGGAAAAUUACUGAUUAGGGUUCAGGAACUUUUUUUUUUCUGCGAAGCCCGACGGGCAACGGCGCUAAGCCUAUCGCGGACUAGUGGCGAUCGGGCUGUUGACGCUCUCCCUCUUCUGGAGCUGCGGCUGUGUUCACCCUCAGGCACUCCCACAGGGGCUGUGGAAAGCUUUGUCCAACAACCCUCCUAGUUGAAACACUCCUCUCGAUAUGGAUGCGUCACAUUUUCCGACCGCCAGCACACCCCAUGUGGCGGAUCAGAUUGAACAGGAUCCUCAUGUGACGGAGGAUAUGGGCCCCGCGGCGGCUUACAAGGACGGUUACAGCAGCGAUUCGCGCGCCCACUAUCCCUCCCAUUCCGCCGUCGAAUACCACUCCCCCACUCGCGGUUAUCAAUCUCAUGAUGAUACCCGGCCAACUCCUUCUCCCUUGGCCCAACCUCAGAUCCCUUCGUUGUCUCGACCAAGUUCCGGGUUGUCCAGUGCCCCCGGGGUCUCCCAGACGAGCCAGGAUGUCAGCCAGAAACAAGCGUCGCAACAACAAACGAAGAACAGCGUGGUGAUCAAGGUUGGAAUGGUUGGGGACGCUCAGAUCGGAAAGACCAGUCUGAUGGUCAAAUAUGUGGAGGGCAGUUGGGACGAAGACUACAUUCAAACGUUGGGUGUAAACUUCAUGGAGAAAACGAUUUCUAUCCGGAAUACGGAGAUUACUUUUUCCAUCUGGGAUCUGGGUGGGCAGCGUGAAUUCGUCAAUAUGCUUCCUCUUGUCUGCAACGAUGCUGUCGCGAUCCUCUUCAUGUUUGACCUCACUCGCAAGAGCACGUUGAACUCUAUUAAGGAGUGGUACCGCCAGGGUCGUGGUUUUAAUAAGACGGCGAUCCCUUUCCUCGUUGGCACAAAAUACGAUCACUUUGUCAACUUCCCCCGGGAAGACCAGGAAGAGAUCUCGAUCCAGGCCAAGAGGUUUGCCAAGGCCAUGAAGGCCAGCUUGAUUUUUAGCAGCACCAGCCACAGUAUCAACGUACAAAAGAUCUUCAAGAUCGUCCUGGCCAAGGCUUUCGACCUGAAGUGCACUAUUCCCGAGAUUGAGAAUGUCGGCGAACCGUUGUUGCUCUACAAGAACGUAUAGACGAUGAAGUGAAGUAACGAUUAUGUACAUUGGGACGAAGUGAUGUUGACGACUUCUUUUCCCUUGGUGGGAUGAAGUGGCUGCAGUGGGAGGAUUUCUACUCUGCGUUUCUGUCGAUACGCAUUUUGCUUUCCUUUACUUGAUUUUCUUUUCUCUCAGCAUUGGGACGCGUCCAGGAUUCUCUUCAUGUUCAUCAUUUUUUAUUUCUUUUCUUUCUUUCUUUUCCUUGUGUUAAAUUCCCCACCCGUGUUUUUAAUCUCUCUUUCUUUCCUUCCACCCUUUUUCUUUUCUCUUUUCUUUUUGACUCAUUAUAAAACUGCAUCUAAGACUCUUGAUGGGUUAUAGAUCAGAGCCAUGGCGCUAUCACCCGGAGCUCAACUGCUCACGAAAGAAACAUUGAAACCCAUCCUUGAAACAAGAAGGCCCACACUGGAAAUAUGCGUGAUAUUACAUGACUACUACAUGAGAUUUGCUCAAUGUAUACAACGUCCGACGUCAGCGGAACCCAGCCUCACAUCCCCAGCCACCGUUUCAGUACUCAUAAAUUCUCCGAAAAUCAUUCAUCCCAUUCCCCACCUCCUGCCGGCCCAACGGCGUCAUAUCCAACAAAUGAUACGUCCCAAGCAGGAUCUCCAUGCCCCGAUCCGUAGUCGAAUACGU